UAAGUUUCAGUACCUCGGAUAUACAAGACAUUUCUUGUAAGUUGGUUUUGAUCUGCAAGCCUGAAUUCAGAAUGAAGAUCCUCCUCAUCUUCACCCUCUUCCUGAUUUCAGUAGGUGGAGGAGAAUCAGAGAGAGUGACCGGAUAUUCAGGAGGAGGAGUCCUCAUCAACUGCACAUACAAGACAAACUUCACAGUAAACCCAAAAUAUCUCUGUAAGGGUCCAUGGUCAAACUGUACUGACCAAAUCAAGACAGGAGUUAAAAAUAAGUGGAUAAAUAGAGGAAGAUUCUCACUGUUUGAUGACACCAGCGCUGCAGUGUUCAUGGUGAAUAUAAGUGAGCUCACUGUGGAGGACUCUGGGACGUACCACUGUGGAGUUGAUAUAUUUUUGGACUUUGACGUCUACACAACAGUGGAGUUGAAUGUACAGGGAGGAGUCCAAGCUAGGCAAUCACCCACAUGGCCACGUCAUCUGGGUCCAUCAACAUCUGCAUCUCCAGCAGGUCUGGCUGUGUACUCCGCUAUCGACUAA